AUGAACGAGUUCAUCUUACUAAUGAGUCUUUAUCUGCUUGGCUCUGCCAGAGGAACGUCAGGCCAACCUGAUGAGCCUCUUGGCUCUAUGAGUCGUAAAGAUUCAUUUCAGCAACUUUCAAGUGACUACUUUUCAGAUGUUGAGGCUUUAUAUGAGACUUCUUCAAGCAAGAAUACUUUGAGUGAGCACAGCUCGGGUGAACAUGGUUCAAGUGAGCAUGGUACAGGCGAGCAUACUUCUAGCGAACACAUGAGUGAGCAUGCUUCAAAUGAGCACACUAUAAGUGAACACACUUCAGGUGAGCACAUUUCAGGUGAGCAUGCUUCAAGUGAACAGCCUUCAGGUGAAAAGUCUUCAGGUGAACACACUUCAAGUGAACCUUCAGGUGAAUCUUCAGGUGAACAGUCUUCAGGUGAACAGUCUUCAGGUGAACAGUCUUCAGAACAGGUUUCAGGAGAACAGGCUUCAGGAGAACAGGCUUCAGGAGAACAAGUUUCAGGAGAACAGGCUUCAGGAGAAAACACACCAAUUUCAAGCACAUCUUCAGGCACAGCAUUAACUUGCCACACAUGUGCUUAUAUGAAUGAUCAAGGAAAAUGUCUUCGUGGAGAGGGAGUCUGCACCACUCAGAAUUCUCAGCAGUGCAUGUUAAAGAAGAUCUAUGAAGGUGGAAAACUCCAAUUUAUGGUUCAGGGGUGUGAGAACAUGUGCCCAUCUAUGAACCUUUUCUCUCAUGGAACAAGGAUGCAAAUUAUAUGCUGUCGGAAUCAACCUUUCUGCAACAAGAUCUAG